CGCAGGAGAGACCUGGAGGAAGAGGAGGAAGACAGCAGUCCUGGCGUGUCCUUCUCACUCUCUUCAGAAGAGUCGGAGAUGGAGCCUGAAGAAGAAAGGAUCCGUUACAGCCAAAGACUGCGUGGCACGAUGAGGCGGCGCUACGAGGACGAUGGCAUCUCUGAUGAUGAAAUUGAAGGCAAGAGGACCUUUGACCUUGAGGAAAAGCUGUCCACCAACAAGUUUAACUCCACCUUCGUGGUCUUCAUGGAAGGCAAAGACUUCACAGUUGAAUACAUCCAGCGAGGUGGCCUCAGAGACCCUCUCAUCUUCCGGAGCUCCGACGGCUUGGGCAUAAAGAUGCCAGACCCAGACUUCAGCGUGAACGAUGUGCGGCUCUGUGUCGGGAGCAGGCGCAUGGUGGAUGUGAUGGAUGUGAACACGCAGAGGGACAUCGAGAUGUCCAUGGCGCAGUGGGCACGCUACUAUGAGACACCUGAGGCUGAGAGGGAGAAGCUCUACAAUGUCAUCAGCUUGGAGUUCAGCCACACCAAACUGGAGAACCUGGUGCAGAGACCUGCUACGGUGGAUUUGAUUGACUGGGUUGAUAACAUGUGGCCCAGACACCUGAAGGAGAGUCAGACGGAGUCAACAAAUGCAAUCCUGGAGAUGCAGUACCCAAAGGUGCAGAAAUACUGUCUGAUGAGUGUCAAGGGCUGCUACACAGAUUUCCAUGUGGACUUUGGUGGCACUUCUGUGUGGUACCACAUCCACCGAGGGGGAAAGAUCUUCUGGCUGAUCCCUCCUACACCCCAGAACCUGGAGCUCUACGAAAACUGGCUUCUCUCAGGGAAGCAAGGAGACAUUUUCCUUGGGGACAGAGUGUCAGAGUGCCAGCGCAUCGAGCUCAAGCAGGGCUACACAUUUGUCAUCCCCUCAGGUUGGAUCCAUGCUGUGUACACUCCCAUGGACACACUGGUUUUUGGAGGCAACUUCUUACACAGCUUCAACAUCCCUAUGCAGCUCCGCAUCUACAGCAUCGAGGACCGCACGCGGGUCCCAAAUAAGUUUCGUUACCCCUUCUACUACGAGAUGUGUUGGUACGUGCUGGAGCGCUACGUCUACUGCAUCACCAGCCGCUCCCACCUCACCAAGGACUUCCAGAAGGAAUCACUCAGCAUGGAUAUGGAACUGAGCUCCUCAGACUCGGUAAACAUGGAAGAGGAGGAGGAGUAUGAGGAUGAUGAGGAUGCAGCAGGGAAGGAAUCCAGGCGGCCCAUCACGAGGAGGUCCUUUCUCACCAGCCCCAUCGCCAACGGUGCCAGCGUGGACUAUGACGAACUGGGCAAGAGCUGCCGGAGCAGCUUGCCAGGUCUGAAGAAGACUCCAUCCAUGGACUCCUCUGACUCCAGCCGGGGCUCCCAGAACGGCCAGGCCUGCGACCCCAACAGCGGCAGCCCACGCAAGAACAGGAGGGUCCACCUGACCCAGUUUGAGCUGGAGGGGCUGCGCUGCCUGGUGGACAAACUGGAGUCACUGCCCCUGCACAAGAAGUGUGUCCCCACCGGCAUCGAGGACGAGGACGCUCUCAUCGCUGACGUCAAGCUGCUGCUAGAAGAAUACGCCAACAGCGACCCCAAACUGGCACUUACAGGCGUCCCCAUUGUCCAGUGGCCUAAGAGAGACAAGCUAAAGCUGCAGGCCCGGCUGAGGGUUCGCCUGCCCACCAUCCCCAUCACCAAGCCACACACCAUGAAGCCAACCCCUCGCCCAACUCCCGUCAGGUCGACGGUGUCCCCCAUCGUGUCGGGAGCCCGGAGGCGGCGGGUGCGGUGCCGGAAAUGCAAGGCCUGCAUGCAGGGCGAGUGUGGCAUGUGCCACUACUGCAGGGACAUGAAGAAGUUCGGUGGCCCUGGCCGCAUGAAGCAGUCCUGCGUCCUCCGGCAGUGCUUAGCGCCCAGGCUGCCUCACUCGGUGACGUGUGCACUUUGUGGGGAGGUGGAUCAGAACGAGGACUCACAGGACUUUGAGAAGAAGCUCAUGGAGUGCUGCAUCUGCAAUGAGAUUGUCCACCCUGGCUGCCUGCAGAUGGAUGGGGAAGGGCUGCUCAACGAUGAGCUCCCCAACUGCUGGGAGUGCCCCAAGUGCUACCAGGGUGACGAUGCAGAGAAGGGCCAGAAGCGGAAGGUGGAGGAGGGCGACGACGACACGGUGCAAGCCAAGGUGCUGCGUCCCCUGCGGAGCUGCGAGGAGCCCCUGACGCCCCCCCCCAACUCGCCCACCCCCAUGCUGCAGCUGAUCCACGACCCGGCCUCGCCGCGCGGGGUGGUGACGCGCUCGUCCCCAGGGGCUGGCCCCAGUGACCACCACGGUGCCAGCAGGGACGAGCGCUUCAAGCGCCGGCAGCUGCUGCGGCUGCAGGCCACCGAGCGAACCAUGGUGAGGGAGAAGGAGAACAACCCCAGCGGCAAGAAGGAGCUGUCAGAGGUGGAGAAGGCCAAGCUGCAUGGCUCCUACCUCACUGUCACCCUCCAGCGCCCCACCAAAGAUGUCCAUGGCACUUCUAUCGUCCCCAAGCUUCAAGCCAUCACCGCCUCCUCCGCCAACCUGCAGCACUCUCCUCGCCUUGUCAUGCGUCACACGCCCACCCGAAUGCCCCUGCGGGGCGGAGGGGAGGAGGAUGCAGCCGCCGAGGAAGAGGAGGAGGACGAGGAGGAGGAGGAGGAGAACGCGGAGGAAGGGGGGGCAGCCCGGCUGAACGGGCGCGGGGGCCGGGUGCUGGAGGGCGAGGAGAGCUGGAUGCAGCGGGAGGUCUGGAUGUCCGUCUUCCGCUACCUGAGCCGCAGGGAGCUCUGCGAGUGCAUGCGGGUCUGCAAGACCUGGUACAAGUGGUGCUGUGACAAGAGAUUGUGGACAAAGAUAGAUUUGAGCAGGUGCAAGUCCAUCACUCCCCAGGCACUGAGCGGCAUCAUCAAAAGGCAGCCGGUCAGCCUGGACCUCAGCUGGACCAACAUCUCCAAAAAGCAGCUCACGUGGCUUGUCAACAGGCUGCCAGGCCUGAAAGACCUCAUCUUAGCAGGCUGUUCCUGGUCUGCGGUCUGUGCUCUCAGUACCUCCAGCUGCCCCCUUCUCAGGACCCUCGAUCUUCGGUGGGCAGUUGGAAUCAAGGACCCUCAGAUCCGGGACUUACUCACACCUCCAACAGACAAACCCAGUCAGGACAAUCGCAGCAAGCUCCGCAACAUGAUCGACUUCCGGCUCGCGGGGCUGGACAUCACGGACGCCACGCUGCGGCUGAUCAUCCGCCACAUGCCCCUGCUCUCCCGCCUCGACCUCAGCCACUGCAACCACCUCACCGACCAGUCUGCCAACCUCCUCACGGCCGUGGGCUCCUCCACGCGCAACUCCCUCACCGAGCUCAACAUGGCAGGCUGCAAUAAGCUGACAGACCAAGCCUUGCUCUACCUGCGCCGCAUCUCCAACGUCACUCUCAUUGACCUGCGAGGCUGCAAACAGAUCACCCGCAAAGCCUGUGAGCACUUCAUCUCGGACCUGUCCAUCAACAGCCUCUACUGCCUGUCUGACGAGAAGCUGAUCCAAAAAAUCAGCUAGAGACCCUCCCUGGGGCAGACUGAGGAGAAGGAAAAGAGCCCAUCCCAUCCCUCUUGGAGAGCCGCUCCUCCACCUCCCCACCUUGCCCUCCGUGUCCUGCCGCUGCCUCCCACCUGACUCGGCAGGCAGGGCUGCUGCUGGCCUCGCUCCACCGUCCUUCCUCCUCCUCCUCCCCCGGGACUUCUGCUGAGGAAGAUGUCCUGCCAGGCUGGCCAGUACCAGAGGAGGAACGGGCAAAGGGCUGGGAGCCUGAGCCCGGAGGCUGCGGCCGCUCACUCCCACGGUGGAGGUUGGAAUCACAGAUCUCUGCCCAGAGAAAUGGGGCACCCUCUUACCCCCUUGCUUUUCCCUUUUUCCUCUCCCUCAUCUCCUUGCCUUGGAACACUUGUCACUUCCCCAGCAGCACAAAGCUUCAGGGCCAAGGUCUCUCCAAGGAAGCAGGAGCAGAGCUGGAACAAAAAUGUUUCCCCCUCUCUGUGCCACCACCAGCUCCUCGCUUCUCCUGGCCCCGCUGCAGGAGCUGGGAUCCAUCCCCCUCCCUUCUCCCACCGUUCUUUCCAUGCUGAGGGCAGGAACGUGGUGGGUUCUAUGCCUGUUGGCCAGGAGCAGGGGGCUUUGACCUGGGGAGAUGAAGCUGGGAUGAGGCCAUGCUUCCACUCUGGAAUCUCCCCGAAGCACCAGAGGUGACAGGUGGGGGCCAGGCGCCGGCUGGGGAGCAGGGGAGAAUCCACAGGUACAGCAGAGCUCAGGGAGGACUCGGGAAGCAUCAGCCAGGUCUGAGGCGGCAUGGCUUGGGGGGACCUCCUCUUCCUCCCCAGCUCCCUGCAUGGCAGCACGAAGCACUCGGGA